AUGUGACUGGUCAUCUCUCGCUACGUCAUCACUCGACGAAUGCAUCAUGCCCUUCUUAACGCUAACUUAACGAACGCCAUAAAUCAUCUCGCCCCAUUACGGACUGUUACUCCAAGACGUAAAUGUCACCCGUGGUUUACCACGGCUCUUCGUGACCUCUUGACUGAACGGGACAGACUUUACAGAAGGUUUCGCAGAACUCGUCUACCUUGUGAUCGAUAUUUUUAUAGAGUAGCAAGGGACGACGCUCACAGACAGGUUGUGGAGGCCAGGCUGAAUUAUUAUUAUUCACGCCUGUCAACCCUAACUGAUGUCGCUGAGAUCUGGAGAGAGCUUGAGAACCUUGGAAUUACCACCUCUAAAGCAUCAUCACCUUCUCGCUUCUCUACAGAUGACCUCAACAAACACUUUAGUUCCAUCUCCAAUGAUCCACUGGCUCCUGCAGUUGAGAAUCGGACGUUUUGGCUGCUGUGUCGUACUUCCACACCCAGGCCAGAGGCAACGAUGGCAUCCCACAGGUUGUAAUUUCAAAGGCACUGUCCGUACUCGCUCCUUUACUAUGUCGGAUUUUCAACCUGUCCUUGAGCGAGUCACGCUUCCCCUCUGCCUGGAAGAUGUCGCUGGUACGAGCACUGAACAAGGUCAGUUCACCAACAGCCCUGACUGACUAUCGUCCAAUUUCUCUCCUCUGUUUUUUAUCAAAGGCGCUGGAGUGGCUGGUGCACAGGCAAGUCUCGGAAUAUCUUGAAUCAAGACUACUCAUUGACAACCUACAAACAGACUUCCGCACCGGUCACAGCACACAGUCUGGCUUAAUUAAACUGACUGAUGAUGUCAGGCUUAGCAUAAACAAAAAGAAAGCCACGCUUCUGUUUCUAUUUGAUUUCA